AGUGGAUGAACUGCUGUUUUCGUUCGAUCAUCUGACGAUUUCUGUGAUUCUGAGCUUUAAAUCUGAUGAUUUCUGUGAUUGUGAAUGUAGAAAUGAGUGUGAGCUCCAGUUAUCAGAGGGUUUGUGAGGGUCAAGGGUUGAGCUUGAGCAAAUAUAACCCCUAUAGCGGGUCAAUCUGAUCUGUUUGUGGAGGGUUGAUCCUACAGAGUCUCUAAAGGGACAAAUAUGAGAUGGGAGGAACAAUGAUUGAAACUUUGAUUUCACUCGCAACAAAAGUUUUGAUUUAUUUUUCCUCCCAUCUCAUAUUUCUUCCAUCACCAUGUCCCUUUAGGGACUCAGUAGAACAAUGUGUAAAUCAGAUGAUGUAUAAAUCAAUUGUUUUAACUUCCAAUUCAUUUAAACUGUAGUCGCUAAAUUGUUAAAUAAGGUUAGAUGGAUACUACUGUCACUGCAGUACCACUUCAGUCUGAAUCCACCUUCGAUGUAUCAACUCUUUUCCCACCAUUGACAGAAUUUUCCGGUGAUCCGUGUUUCCACUGUUAUACGGUAGGGGGCGCUAUGACGCGUCUUCUGAAAGAGUACAGAAUCUCUGGAUCAAAACAGACGAACAAGAAGCAGAAACAAGCGAUAAGAUCAUUGCUGACGCACAUUGUUUUCUUUGAAAAAAAAACCCAAAUGAUUUUCUCAGCUUUUUCUUCAAAGUGUUGCUUUUAUAAAUGAAACUUUCCCACAUUCAAGUGUUGAUUAAAGUAAAGUGCAUGAAGCUAGACUCUGUUAUAUUGCGUGUUCAGAUAUUCAUACAUAUAAAUAUUCUUGGGGCCACAUUACAUUUUUGUGAAAAUUAUCAAAUGCGGCGGGAAAGGAAUUAAUAUGUUGCAAUUUUAAUAAUGUCGAAGAAUUUUCUCACAGUAAUUGGAAUGUUAAGUGUAUAAUUGUCAUCUUGUCACGAUGCAAUAAAUGGUCCCAAAAUAGGCUAAAUAUUUAUUUAUUUGAAGAUUGGGGGGGGGGAGAUAUGGAAUUAUGGUUAUGAUUUUUUGUAUUGGAUAUCAAGUUUCUUUAAGAAACAAAAUAGUAUUUUUUCUGAUAAUGUGUAGAUCUGUGACUUUAGUUGUAGCAGCCGAAUCGCAGAAUUUGAAUUUUAGGCGCGUGCGAACUUUCGUGUAACUAUAGCAACAGCGUUUUUAUCCGCGUAGCCGAUCGCUUUAUUGUCAUUUCAUAUAGACGAGCAAAAGGUUAUUAUAUGACAGAUUCUUUUAAUAAAUACAUCAAAUGCAGCGCGUCCGUACGUGUCAUUUAUAGGCACCGUCGUCAUGUAUGUAAUGAAGAUGCAGGGUCACGUGUGUGUUGAUGCUGACUUUCACACGAGCUCCAGUUUCUCUCAUUUGGAUCCGAAUUAUAACAGAAACUCCAUUAGCGCGCGCUUCAGGUUCUCCAGCUGUGCACGCGCCUGCGCUGCUUGAUCAAACUGCGCGCUGAUGACAUUAUGAGAGAAUGGCUCUGUGUGCCUAUGAUGAUGAUGAUGAAGAUGAUGAUGAUAAGCGCGUGAUCGCAUCUGUGUCGGACUUUACCAAGGGUCAGCGGAAGCGAGCGCGUGCGUCUCGUUUACCUUUGAUCUCGGAGUGCAGCUCCAGUGCGACCGAAUGAACGGGAUGAUUUGAGGCUGAUGCGGGUUUGUGCGCAUGUUAAUCCAGGUCAGAGCCGUUAUAAUAGAAGCUCUUUUGUUGCGGCUCUCUGGCCCGGAUCGGUUUCAUCUAAUUGUGGGUCUCUCUGUAAUUGAGCACACCGUCAAAUUCGGUUCGUUCUCGCAAAACUUUUCUUCAAGUGCUUCGACAAGAAGAGAUUGUGUCUGAUUUCACCCGCGUUUCGCAAUCCGGCUUUAUUUCCGCACGCAGAUUCCGUGUUGACCACAUUCUUCUGAUUGUACAUCCGAUGCAGGCCGUCAUACGAGUCCGCGGUCAACAAAGGGGGGCGUCCAUAAAGAGCCUUUGACCAGUGAAACCCGAGAUCCUAAAAGCUUCUCUUGAGUCAUAGAGGCCGAGGAAAAGUUCACUGGAGCUUCACAUCUGACGGAGAGAUGACUAGACUGCCAGAGCGAGCGGAGACGCGGUGAGGAGCGCGCGCGUCUGGACGAACGAACGGACGGUGAAGUUUUGUGCGGCUCUUGGCGCGUGCGCGUUCUUGGCAUCGCUUGGCUCACAGAUGAAUGAAACUCAAUCCGCGUUAAUCUGCUGCUCUUUCUAGGAGGUAUAUAGCGGCGCUGCGCGCGCGAUGGACGCGCAUUGAGCAUGUCCGCCGCUCGGCGAGCUUCCGACAGCGUUCCGACAGCGUUCAUCCGGCACCAUGGUGGAGCACAGCGGCCUGGACAUCAUGUGUCUGAACAAGUACGGCCCCAGUUCCUCCUCGUCGUCGUCCUCGGACGCAGAAAAGAAACUUUUCUCCAAGCUCAAGGUGAGUUUGACCAAGAGGUACCCGCAGAAGAACGCGGAGACUCUGAGCGCGCAGUACGGAACCAACCUGCUGCUGAUCGGCGUGUCCGUGAUGCUCGCGCUCGCGCAGCACGGGCCGGCGGUGAAGGAGGAGCACCUGCUGACCUUCAUCACGGUGCUGAUGCUCAUGCAGCUCGUGUGGAUGCUCUGCUACAUGAUCCGGAGGGAGCGCGAGCGCAGCCCGCUGCCGGAGAGAGACGCGCACGCGGGCACCAGCUGGAUCCGAGGGGGGCUGACGAUGCUGGCGUUACUGUCGCUCAUCAUGGACGCGUUCCGCAUCGGCUAUUUCGUCGGGUAUCAUUCCUGCAUCUCCGCCGUGCUCGGAGUCUAUCCCAUCAUCCACGCGCUGCACACCAUCUCUCAGGUGCAUUUCCUCUGGUUCCACAUCAAAGACGUCAUCAAGAAAUAUGAAACCUUCGAAAGGUUUGGAGUGAUUCAUGCCGUCUUCACGAACCUGCUGCUCUGGUGUAAUGGAGUGAUGUCAGAGGCUGAACAUUUCCUCAACAACCACCGGAGACGCUUGACCGCCCUGGGAUACGCCAAUAUCUCAACAGUGGAAGUGGAGCCUCACUGUAACUGCACCACCAGCGUCUGCUCCAUGUUCUCCACCAGCCUCUACUACCUGUACCCCUUCAACAUCGAGUACCACAUCUUCGUCUCGGCCAUGCUGUUCGUCAUGUGGAAGAACAUCGGCCGCACGCUGGACCGCCACAGCAACCGCAAGCGUCCCAGCACACGCAGUCCGGGUCUGCUGCUCGGGCCGCUGCUGGGUCUGCUGGCGCUGGCCAGCUCCGUCACGGUCCUGGUGGUCUACCUCAUCCACGUGGAGAAGUCGGAGCAGACGCGCGAGGCCGCCAUCUCCAUGUUCUACUGCUACGGCGUGGUGAUGCUGGCCUGCAUGUGCGGCGCGAGCGGCGCCGGGCUGCUGGUGUACCGGGUGGAGGACUGGCCCAUGGACACGGGUCAGAACCCGUCGCGCACGCUGGACACGGAGCUGCUGCUGGGCUCGUCGCUGGGCUCGUGGCUGAUGUCCUGGUGCAGCGUGGUGGCGGCGGCGGCCACGGCGGGACGGAGCUCUCCCAGCUUCCGCUGGACCUGCCUGGCGUACUCGCUGCUGCUGGUGCUGGAGAAGUGUGUGCAGAACCUGUUCAUCGUGGAGUCGCUGUACCGCAGACGCAGGGAGGACGAGGCCAUGGCGCCCGAGAUCUUCUCUGUGACGGCGCCGUACGACGGCAUCGUCAACCGUGCCUACGAGACGCAGGACAAGCGCUGCGCUCCUCUGGACGCGGAGCAGAGCGAGAACAGACAGGGCUUCGGCCGGAAACACGCCGACGUUCCGCUUCACGCAGGAAACCGUCUCAACGUGACAGCCGGGAGGAAGAGGCAGAUCCUGAAGAACAUCACCAUCUUCCUCUUCAUGUGCAACAUCUCGUUGUGGAUUCUUCCGGCCUUCGGCUGCCGUCCGCAGUAUGACAACGCUCUGGAGCAGGAGACGUUCGGCUUCAGCGUUUGGACCACGGUGCUGAACGUCGCCAUUCCCAUGAACCUCUUCUACCGCAUGCACUCGGUGGCGUCGCUCUUCGAAGUCUUCAGGAAGGUUUGAGCGUGUGUUGAGGAUGAAUCACGUGACUUAAACGGUACAGACUUUAUCUGGUGCUCAAAUACUGUACAGACCAUCAUUCUCCAUCCAUAAUGAGGGAUCGGUGUGGGUUAAUCAUCUGAUCAAGUUCUCAUGGAUUUGAUUGGCUCUUAAAGACAUUCUCAAUAAGUAGACGUUCUCAGGCCUGAAGAUUCUUCACACACUCCUCAAUGUUUACAAACCACGUCUUCAACUGAACAAGGAUGAUGUUCUCUUAUAUCGAGUUCUCCAGCGGGAUUGAAUCCUGAAUGAUUUUAGUACACUGUCUGAUUGGAAAAUCCUUGAAUCUUGCAGGCCAUUGACCUAAAACUAGUGCAUAUUGUACUUUAACUUCAAUCUUUUUUGUAGUUUGUCUCGGUCUGUUAGAGAAAAAGAAGCAUAAAAACACUCGCUGAGACAAAACACAUGAAUCAAGACUGAGACUCUCUGAGAUCUCCAGUGAUUCUGAUGAUUUUCUUCAGAUGGUGUCGUUGUGUCGCUUGUACUGCGGAGCCUCAUGCGGGAAAAAUAUGUUUAUGAUGGGAACAAAUGAUCAGUUCCCAUACCGUGUGCGGCUCCGUACUCUUCAGACGUCUAUUUCUGCAUCUUUAUAGCACAGUGUGUUACAUAUAGCCCAUGUUUUGAAAUAUGUUGUAAAUGUAUCUCGUCUGCAUUGCUGUUGGUUCUGUGUGAAGAUCUGUGUAACUGAGGGACCGACGGCUUUUACACACUCCUACAGGGAGAGAAAUGAGAUUUCAUCCGUGCGUUUAUGGAUUUAAUGGGAAGUUCAGCUGGGAUUCUGGAUUGAAUAUAUUAUUCAUGGUUUUGCAGGAGGCUGAUUGUUUGUUUUGGAGAAUCGGUCUGAAGUCCAGAUGCUCACGACACACACACACACACACACACACACACUCACUCACUCACUCACUCUCGCUCUCUCUCUCUCUCUCUCUCUAACACACACACACACACACACACACACACACACACACACACACACACUCAUUCACUCACUCACUCACUCUCUCUCUCUCUCUAACACACACACACACACACACACACACUCACUCACUCACUCACUCUCGCUCUCUAUCUCUCUCUCUCUCUAACACACACACACACACACACACACACACACACACACACACUCAUUCACUCACUCACUCACUCUCUCUCUCUCUCUAACACACACACACACACACACACACACACACUCUCUCUCUCUCUCUCUCUCUAACACACACACACACACACACUAUCUUUCUCUCUCUCUCACUCAUAUACACUCACACAUACUCUCUCUCUCUCUCACACACACACACUCUCUCUCUCUCACACACACACACACACACACACACACACACACACACACUCACUCUCUCUCUCUCUCUCUCUCUCUCACACACACACACACACACACACACUCACUCUCUCUCUCUCUCUCACACACACACACACACACACACUUUCUGCUCCAGAGGUUUGUUCUUACACCUGCUCCUGAAUGUGAUUAUGGAAAGUUCUCACGUCAUCCGUCGGAGGAAGUUCUUCGGUCUGAGCAGAAGCGAAGUGAAAUCGCUCCUUUCUUUCAGAUGUAGAUGUUUGACUGUUGAUGUUCAGCAGACAGUAAACGACUUUAUCAUCAACCUUUUUUUGUUCUUUUUUAAAAACGUGUCCAAACACACAAUGAAACGCACAAGUGCAGCACAAUGAUAAGAUCUGUGGCACAAACCUUUUCUGUUUGUUUAUGCACUUUCACCACAAAUGAAUACAUGUGUGUUAUCUUCAAAUAAAUGAAUAAAAUAUU